AUGAGCCAAGGGGGUACACUGACGCAAGUGAUUCACCCACACGUUGCUAAGCACCGAGACAACAGGCAGAGCAACAAACGUCUUCAGAUCUCUUCUCUCUUUUUGUGUUGGAUUUCAUCACAAACAAGAGAAAGAAAAAUGGCCGAUGAACCUUCAAUCACUCGUUGGUCCUUCCAGGAUUUUAAGAUGUUUUAUGAUAUUAAGUUUGGGAGGAAAAAGGAAUCAACGCCAAAAGAUGCUGCUGCAAAUGGUCAACCUUCAAGUAAUGGAAACUCAUCAAAUGGAAAUGGACAUCCAAAGAGCACAGCUGAAUUGUCAAUCUAUGAACAGUAUAGACAGGAAAGAGAGAAUUCAACAGCCAAUGGAGCUACAUUACUGGAUGCUGAGAAACCGAAAAAAUCUCUGCUUCCUGCUUUUGAAUCAGCAGAAAUGCGAACUUUGGCAGAGAGUUUAAGUAGGGAUAUUAUUCGAGGUAGUCCAAACGUGAAGUGGGAUAGCAUAAAGGGGUUAGACAAUGCAAAACGCCUGCUUAAAGAAGCAGUUGUUAUGCCAAUAAAAUAUCCCAAGUACUUCACUGGUCUUUUGUCUCCAUGGAAAGGCAUUCUCUUGUUUGGCCCUCCAGGAACAGGAAAGACAAUGCUUGCAAAGGCUGUUGCAACCGAAUGCAAUACUACAUUUUUCAACAUUUCAGCAUCAUCAAUUGUCAGCAAAUGGCGUGGGGACUCUGAGAAGUUAGUGAAAGUGUUAUUUGAACUUGCAAGACAUCAUGCUCCAUCAACUAUUUUCCUUGAUGAAAUUGAUGCGAUUAUUAGUCAACGUGGUGAAUCAAGAAGUGAGCAUGAAUCAAGUAGACGCCUCAAAACCGAGUUACUUAUUCAGAUGGAUGGUUUAACAAAAACAGAUGAGCUUGUGUUUGUAUUAGCAGCUACAAAUCUCCCUUGGGAACUUGAUGCAGCCAUGCUUAGGCGUCUUGAGAAAAGAAUCCUUGUACCUCUUCCUGAGGCUGAAGCAAGGAAAGCAAUGUUUGAGGAAUUAUUGCCUUCUGUAGCUGAAGAAGAGACAUUGCCAUAUGAUUUAUUGGUGGAAAAAACAGAAGGCUAUUCGGGCUCUGAUAUUCGGUUGCUAUGUAAAGAAGCUGCCAUGCAACCUUUGAGACGUGUAAUGGCUAUUCUUGAACAACAUGAUAUUUUGCCUGAUGAUGAGUUGCCGAAGGUGGGGCCCAUUAAACACGAAGAUGUUGAAAAUGCGUUGAAGAACACACGGCCUUCUGCUCAUUUACAUGCUCCUCGUUAUGAUCGAUUCAACUCUGAUUAUGGGAGUCAGAUACUCCAGUGACAGGUCACAGAUGUAUCAUUCUUUUGCUUCAAUUCUUGCAAGUGUGUGUGUGUGUGUGUGUGUUAAUUGUUGAACCCUUUUUUUUUGCACAAUUGAUUGUUUUUUAUUCCUAGAAUAUUCUUGUGUUGGGACACUAGUGGUAUAAUGAAGAUUUGUUUCUUUUUUAG